CAGUACUUGUCGCAUGGAAGUGACGUAUUUUUUUUUUGUCAUGGCGGCAGAAGGCUCGGAUUCAGAAGACCUGAACACCAACGGGCUAAUGGAGGCUCCUUCAGCUCUGGAAGCCAUGGAGGCUGUCCAACUUCCAACAGAGAAGGAAGAGGCAUCAGAGGAGAAUGAUGGAGGAGGAGCCUCUGAGGCUCCAGAAGCAGCAGCUGCGACAUCAUACAACAUGCCUCUGGCAGAGAAUGAGGAGGAAGAAGACGGAGAGUUCCCUGCGGACUUUGACCGACUCUGGAAGCUGGCCCAUGACAAUCCACAGGACUUCUCUAGCUGGACUGACCUUCUGCAGUACUGUGAGCAAGAGAGUCACAUGACAGCGUCACGUCGGGCGCUGGUAGCCUUUCUGGCACGGUACCCACUGUGCUACGGAUACUGGAAGAAGUUUGCCGACCUGGAGCGACGUGCUGGCUACACCAACAAAGCUCAGGAGGUGUGUGUUCAGGGUCUGAAGGCCAUUCCCCUGAGUGUAGAUCUGUGGAUCCACUACAUUAACCUGCUACUGGGCACGCUCAACAUGAACCUGCCAGAGUCCUCUCAGCGCAUUCGCAGUGCGUUUGAGGAGGCGGUGACGGCAGCAGGACUGGACUUCCACUCUGACCGUCUGUGGGAGCUGUACAUCGAGUGGGAGAAGGAGCAGGGAGACAUGAAGGCUGCCACUGGAGUCUACGACAGAGUUCUCAGAGUCCCCACUCAGCUGUACAGCAGCCACUAUGAGAAAUUCAAGACUCAUCUUAAUGCCCAUGCGCCCAAGGACGUCCUCUCAGCAGUGGAGUAUGAGGGGUUGCUUGAGGAAUCUAAACAGAGCCACAAAACUGAGAAGUCUGAGUUGGCUGAGGGGGAAGAGGAGUUACCACCUGGGGAAGAGAAGGAACCUACAGAGGAAGAACUGAUUCCGAAAAUGCGAGAGCUCCUAUUGGCUCGCAGAGAGAAGGUGUACCAAGACCUGGAGGGAGAGGUCAGGAAGAGGUGGAACUUUGAGGAAGCUAUCAAGCGUCCAUAUUUCCACGUGAAGCCUCUGGACCGGACCCAGCUGAGGGCCUGGCACUCCUACCUGGACUGGGAGCUCACCGAGCUGGGGGGGGGUGGUGAAAAGGAGGUGAAGACCGAGACUGAACCAGAGGCCAUGGAGGGCCAGGAAGAGGAGCAAAAGGAGGAAAAGGAGGGGUCAAAGAGCAGUGAGAUCAUUGCCGGGGGAGACCGGAGGGUACGGAUCCUGUUUGAGCGCUGUCUGAUUGCCUGCGCUCUCUACGAGGAGUUCUGGACCAAGUAUGUUCAGUACCUGGAACCUCAGAGUCUGGACGAGGCGCGGGGAGUGUUUCGGCGAGCCUGUGAGAUCCACCUGUCCCACAAACACACCAUGCACCUGCAGUGGGCCACCUUCGAGGAGAGGCAUGGUGACCUAACAGAGGCACGGCGAGUGUUGGAGGCUCUGGAAACCUCAGUCCCGGGAUUGGCCAUGGUCCGGCUGCGCAGGGCAGGGCUAGAGAGACGGGCGGGCCGGCUAGAUGAAUCAGAAGCUCUGCUCAGGGACGCGGUGGCCCAGGCCAAAGAGACACCUCACCUCCAUGCGUUCUACUCUAUCAAACUGGCCCGGCUGCUGCUGAAGCUCUGCAAGAACCCCAGCAAGGCCCGGGGAGUCCUGCAGGAGGCGCUGGAGAUUAGCCCGGAUGACGGUAAGCUGCACCUGAACCUGCUGGAGCUGGAGGUGUCCGGUGACCCCAGAGGGUCGGCCGAGGGGGUGCAGCAGUGUGUGACGCGGGCGCUGGCCGCACCCCUCUCCCCACAGACCAAGAUCCUCUUCUCCCAGAGGGGCCUGCAGUACGCUGAGGACUAUGGGACCUCUGUGCAAAGUGUGCUAACAGUCUGAGGAGCAUCACUUUACCAUGUUUUAAAUGACUGUGCUGUUGCUGUUCUCUGGCCUGCAGUGUGCUAACAGUCUGAGGAGCAUCACUUUACCAUGUUUUAAAUGACUGUGCUGUUGCUGUUCUCUGGCCUGCAGUGUGCCUACAGUCUGAGGAGCAUCACUUUACCAUGUUUUAAAUGACUGUACUGUUGCUGUUCUCUGGCCUACAGUGUGCCUACAGUGUGCCAACAGUCUGAGGAGCAUCACUUUACCAUGUUUUAAAUGACUGUGCUGUUGCUGUUCUCUGGCCUGCAGUGUGCUAACAGUCUGAGGAGCAUCACUUUACCAUGUUUUAAAUGACUGUGCUGUUGCUGUUCUCUGGCCUGCAGUGUGCCAACAGUCUGAGGAGCAUCACUUUACCAUGUUUUAAAUGACUGUACUGUUGCUGUUCUCUGGCCUACAGUGUGCCAACAGUCUGAGGAGCAUCACUUUACCAUGUUUUAAAUGACUGUGCUGUUGCUGUUCUCUGGCCUGCAGUGUGCUAACAGUCUGAGGAGCAUCACUUUACCAUGUUUUAAAUGACUGUGCUGUUGCUGUUCUCUGGCCUGCAGUGUGCCUACAGUCUGAGGAGCAUCACUUUACCAUGUUUUAAAUGACUGUACUGUUGCUGUUCUCUGGCCUACAGUGUGCCAACAGUCUGAGGAGCAUCACUUUAUCAUGUUUUAAAUGACUGUACUGUUGCUGUUCUCUGGCCUACAGUGUGCCUACAGUGUGCCAACAGUCUGAGGAGCAUCACUUUACCAUGUUUUAAAUGACUGUGCUGUUGCUGUUCUCUGGCCUGCAGUGUGCUAACAGUCUGAGGAGCAUCACUUUACCAUGUUUUAAAUGACUGUGCUGUUGCUGUUCUCUGGCCUACAGUGUGCCAACAGUCUGAGGAGCAUCACUUUACCAUGUUUUAAAUGACUGUACUGUUGCUGUUCUCUGGCCUACAGUGUGCCUACAGUGUGCCAACAGUCUGAGGAGCAUCACUUUACCAUGUUUUAAAUGACUGUGCUGUUGCUGUUCUCUGGCCUGCAGUGUGCUAACAGUCUGAGGAGCAUCACUUUACCAUGUUUUAAAUGACUGUGCUGUUGCUGUUCUCUGGCCUGCAGUGUGCCAACAGUCUGAGGAGCAUCACUUUACCAUGUUUUAAAUGACUGUGCUGUUGCUGUUCUCUGGCCUGCAGUGUGCUAACAGUCUGAGGAGCAUCACUUUACCAUGUUUUAAAUGACUGUACUGUUGCUGUUCUCUGGCCUGCAGUGUGCUAACAGUCUGAGGAGCAGCACUUUACCAUGUUUUAAAUGACU